CGCCAUGUUGGAUAAGCGAGUUGCGGAUGAACUCAAGGAAGUGGAGCAGCUCUCCAGAUGGCGAGAGGCGCUCGGGCAGCUGACAUCGAUCUAAAACAACCUAACCGCUUCCCUUAUGACGGAGAUGACUUCCUUGACCCAGAGAAGUUCGGGCCUCGUGCAGAGGCGAACCGAAGCCUCGCGCAGCGCGGCGGAGAAGGACCGCACGCCGGGGCAGGAGGACCACGACGAGCCCCGGCGGGGAGACGAGCUGGAGGACGACGACACCGGAGACUCCAAAGAAACCCGGCUGACCUUAAUGGAAGAAGUGUUGCUGUUAGGACUGAAGGACCGAGAGGGCUACACCUCUUUCUGGAAUGACUGCAUUUCGUCAGGGUUGCGAGGGUGCAUGCUGAUAGAAUUAGCCCUGCGAGGACGCCUGCAGCUGGAAGCUUGUGGCAUGAGGAGGAAAAGUCUUUUGGCCAGGAAGGUGAUCUGUAAGUCAGAUGCUCCAACGGGUGAUGUGCUUUUAGACGAGGCCUUAAAACACAUCAAAGACACCCAACCACCUGAGACGGUGCAGAGCUGGAUCGAACUGCUGAGCGGAGAGACAUGGAACCCUUUGAAGCUGCAUUACCAGCUGAGGAACGUCCGUGAGAGGCUGGCCAAGAACUUGGUGGAGAAAGGCGUCCUCACUACGGAGAAACAGAACUUCUUGCUGUUUGAUAUGACCACACAUCCUCUGACCAACAACACCAUCAAGCAGCGUCUCAUCAAGAAGGUGCAGGAGGCUGUUCUAGACAAAUGGGUGAACGACCCUCAUCGAAUGGACAAGCGUAUGCUCGCGCUCAUCUUCCUGGCUCAUUCGUCUGAUGUUUUGGAAAAUGCAUUUGCACCGCUGCUAGAUGACCAGUACGACCUGGCCAUGAAGAGAGUACGACAGCUGCUGGAACUUGAGCCUGAGGGGGAAAGCAUAAAGAGCAACACCAACGAGCUGUUAUGGGCCGUCAUAGCUGCUUUCACUAAAUGAGACUACAGGCUGAGCAUAUAGAUGGUGCUGUGGGUGGACUGUGGGGUGGGAACAGACCAUUAACCCCAACAUGACAACUGUACCCACACUUGACCUAGCAGAGUGGGCUACUCUCCAUGUUUCUGCCUUUAUCAGUUGUUUCCUUUUAAAUAAAUGUUCUCAUCUGUCGUCAUUAGCCCACCUUCCCCCCUGUAACUGCCUGUCUGUCUGUUCAAACCAAAUGUAUGGACCAGAGGAUAGAUUUGAAUGAAACUCACUAAGAUGUGGUUGGAUGGACGUUUACAACUGCUAACAUUUGGAGUCGACCUGAUCCAAGACGACCACCACAGCUAAUUGAUUUAAGCUAACACAAAAAUGGCUAAAACUCAGUAACAGAUCUAGAGCUAACGUAUAAUGUGGGAGUAGCUGAGAGUCAUCCCUGCCACCUACUCCCAAGUGCUAACAUCACAUGAGCUGUCUGAAACGUUUAUGCAGGGUGUGGGGUAAUCUGCAUUCCUUCAUGGAUGUUACUUUUCAUUUAUGUUUAUUUCACCUGAAAUUUAACUGUCGAGUUUUGAAUGAAGCAUUUGGCGACAAAAUAGAUCCGGCACAAAUCACGAUGUUGGCUUUUUAAUAAUUUUUUUUUUUUUUUUUUACUUUAGUUUUUACAGGUGAGGUUUGUAUUUGACGUUCAAGAAUACAAUGGCUAACUUUGAUGUGCACUUUAAAGCACAGCUGUAGUGGUCGUGUAAGACGAUGACAAGUUCAAGGGAUUGUCUGGACAUUUUUGUAGCGGUGAUCUAUCAAAUCAGAUGUUUCUUUCCAUCCGUGACGUCGGUCAGAGUAUGGAGAGAGGCAGAAGGCUAAAGGUUAGCUAAACAAUGACGGACCUUUUCUUUCAGCAACUCUUGAAUCAAGAAUCAACUCGUUCUUAAGACCAACAGAUGUGUGUUAAAGAACGCUGCACUGGCUUAUAAUACACUUUUACAUGUUUACAUGAAGGCCUGUCGCAAUAAACAAAUCAAUCACAUGAUUAAUGAAAAUUAUC